GAAACCCUUUGAAGCAAACCCCCGUUAGGAUUUUUAAUGACCUGAUUAAGAAAACCCUCACGUACUUCUCCGGAACCGUAUUAUCUACCUAAACCAAAGGAGCGACGGAACCCAUGGAAUAAGCCAGAUCGAAAAGAUCCGGCCGAAAAACUCGAAGGUUUGCUCCUUUGUGUUUUCCUGACCUCUAGAGUUGUAGCGCCGCAAAUGGCUGAGCAGGGCGAUCUCAAUGAGGAAACCCUAUCCAGGGGAACUCCUAAACUCGUCGCGUUGCUCAAAGAGAUGAAAGACGGACUCGAUAACGUGAGGAUCAAAGUGCAAGAUCUGACUCAGAAGGUUAAGCAGAGCCAACUGCCUACUGCAGAAGGAAUGAGCUACCUGGAGGCGAAGCAUUUGCUUCUUCUAAAUUAUUGUCAAUCCAUAGUUUACUAUAUUCUUCGUAAGGCCAAAGGAUUGCCGAUUGAAGGCCAUCCCGUUGUCAGGAGCCUUGUGGAGAUUAGACUGUUUCUUGAGAAGAUUCGGCCAAUUGAUAAAAAGCUUGAUUACCAAAUUCAAAAGCUCACAAGGGCUGCUGCUGGUGGUACUGCUGCAGAGAAAACUUUACAGGAGCAGUCGAAGGUGGAAUCUCAAGAGGAAGAUCCAUUGAGGUACCGCCCAAACCCGGAUUUGCUUGUAAGCAAAACAAGCCAGUCUCAGAAG